AUCCCACAAACAUAAAUAGUGAUUAGUGCCAUCCUAAGAAAAGAAGAAAAACUCUUUCCACUUUCUAGCAUAUAUUGUUUUCUCUCUUACUUAUAUUUUGCUCUUUCUGGAUACUUGUACUUUUGUUGUAUAAUUGCAUCAUCAAUGGCUAUUCCAGUAAUUGAUUUUUCAAAGCUUAAUGGAGAGGAGAGAACCAAGACUUUGGCUCAGAUUGCCACUUGCUGUGAAGAAUGGGGAUUCUUUCAGUUGGUGAAUCAUGGGAUUCCUGUGGAACUUCUUGAGAAGGUGAAGAGGGUUUCCUCAGAAUGCUUCAAGAAGGAAAGAGAAGAGAAUUUCAACAAGUCAACAGCAUUGAAAUUGCUGGAUGAUGUGGAGAAGAAUAAGAGCAAUGGCAGCAAAGUUGAAAACGUAGACUGGGAAGAUGUGUUCCUUCUCACUGAUUAUAAUGAAUGGCCCUCCGAUAUUCCUCAAUUCAGGGACAUAAUGAAAGAGUAUCGAUCAGAACUGAAGAAUCUAGCAAAACAAGUGAUGGAAGUAAUGGACGAAAACUUAGGUCUACCAAAAGGUUUCAUCAACAAAGCCUUCAAUAACGGUGAAGAAGGAUCCAAAAAUGCGUUUUUCGGUACUAAAGUCAGUCAUUAUCCACCAUGCCCUCAUCCCGAAAUGGUGAACGGCCUACGAGCACACACUGAUGCUGGUGGUGUCAUUUUGCUGUUUCAAGAUGAUCAAGUUGAUGGUCUCCAAAUCCUCAAGGAUGGCGAAUGGAUCGAUGUUCAGCCGAUCCAGAAUGCCAUCGUCAUCAACACUGGUGACCAAAUUGAGGUUCUUAGUAAUGGCAAGUACAAAAGUGUGUGGCAUCGAGUUAUGGCCAAGGAAAAUGGGACUAGGAGGUCAAUUGCCUCGUUUUACAAUCCCUCUUUGAAAGCGACUAUUGCUCCUGCACCUCAACUAAUUUCAGAGAAUAAGGACGAGAAAAAUAAUCAGGUGGAAUUCGAUUAUCCAGCUUUUGUGUUUGGUGAUUACAUGAAUGUUUAUACUGAACAGAAAUUUCUACCUAAAGAGCCAAGAUUCCAAGCUGUUAGAGCCAUGUGAUGAUGGUCAAGAAGCUGGAGACCCUUAAUUUUUUACUCUUUUUUUCUUUUGGUAAUGUGUGGUCUAUACUUUUUCUCUCCUUUGUUUUGUUCAUAUAGAUCAAUCACUUGCAUUAGUACUUGACUUGUCAAUUUUUUUUUGUUUGUUUGUUUGGUUAUAAUUGUCGAUCUUUAAUAUAGCAGUGCACAAAAUUGUGACUGUUUUCAGGGAAUAUUUUGUAUUUUUGUUUUUCCAUUUUUCAGAUUCCGUAUAUUAAUUAAUUCUGUGUUUGCAGAUUA